AUGAUGCCUGGGAUGAUGCAACCUCAAAUCAUUCUGCUCAAGGAGGGCACGGACACUAGCCAGGGCAAGGCCCAGCUGAUCAGCAACAUCAAUGCCUGCAUGGCGCUUACGGACACAGUCCGCACCACCCUGGGGCCGCGCGGCAUGGACAAGCUCAUCCAUGACGACAAGGGCCGCGUGACCAUCAGCAACGACGGCGCGACCAUCAUGAAGCUGCUUGACGUGGUGCACCCCGCGGCCAAGACGCUGGUGGACGUCAGCCUGAGCCAAGACGCAGAGGUCGGUGACGGCACUACCACCGUGGUGGUGCUGUCUGGGGAGUUCCUGCGGGAGGCCAAGCCCUACGUGGAGGAGGGGGUGCACCCACGGAGCAUCAUCAAGAGCUACCGCCAGGCCGCCACCCUGGCCGUGGCCAAGGUGAAGGAGCUGGCUGUGAGCCUGGAGGGCAAGAGCGAGGCCGAGAAGAGGGACCUGCUGAGGAAGUGCGCGGAGACCAGCCUCAACAGCAAGCUGGUGUCUGGUGAGAAGGAGUUUUUUGCGGACAUGGUUGUGACGGCUGUGACGCGCCUGGACCCCGCCACCCUGGAUCUCAAGAUGAUCGGCAUGAAGAAGGUGACUGGUGGCGGCCUGCGCGACAGCUUCAUGGUGGACGGCGUGGCCUUCAAGAAGACCUUCUCCUACGCAGGCUUUGAGCAGCAGCCCAAGUCCUUCAAGGACCCCAAGAUCCUGCUGCUCAACAUUGAGCUGGAGCUCAAGAGUGAGAAGGAGAACGCAGAAAUCAGACUGGAGGACCCAGCGCAGUACCAGUCCAUCGUUGACGCGGAGUGGAACAUCAUCUACGACAAGCUGGCCAAGUGCGUCGACAGCGGCGCGCAGGUUGUGCUGUCGCGCCUGGCCAUCGGUGACCUGGCGACUCAGUACUUUGCCGACAGGGGGGUCUUCUGCGCGGGCCGCGUGGCGGAGGAGGACCUGCAGCGGGUGGCAAAGGCCACAGGGGCGCGUGUGCAGACGACUGUGAACAACCUGGACACCGCUGUGCUGGGGACCUGCGCAGCGUUCGAGGAGCGGCAGGUGGGUGGUGAGCGCUACAACCUGUUCACGGGCUGCCCCCAGGCGCGCACGGCCACCAUCGUGCUGCGCGGCGGCAGCGAGCAGUUUAUCGACGAGGCGGAGCGCAGCCUGCACGACGCAAUCAUGAUCGUCAGGCGCGCGCUAAAGCACGCCCACGUGGUGCCAGGGGGUGGCGCCAUCGACAUGGAGGUCUCGCGGGCGCUGCGCGACCACGCGCGCACCAUCCCGGGCAAGGCGCAGCUCUUCAUGGCGUCCUACGCAAAGGCCCUUGAGUCCAUCCCGCGGCAGCUCUGCGACAACUCGGGCCUGGAUGCCACUGACGUGCUCAACAAGCUGCGGCAGAAGCACGCACUGCAGGACGGCAGCGGCAAGAACUUUGGCGUGGACGUCAACAAUGGCGGCGUCUGCAACACGUUUGAGUCGUUUGUGUGGGAGCCCGCGCUGGUCAAGAUCAACGCCAUCCAGUCAGCCACCGAGGCGGCCUGCCUCAUCCUGUCGGUGGACGAGACCGUGCGGAACCCGGCCAGCGAGGCGCCAGACGCCGCGGCGAUGGGCGCGGGCCGCGGGGGCAUGGGCGGGCGCGGGGGCGGCGGCCGGGGUCGGGGCCGUGGAAUGCGGCGGUGA